AGUAUUGAGACGGCCAAAGAGUUGUACCAGGAGUUAUUGAACGAAUACAAAGUUGGACUCGAUCAAUUAUUCGAAAUUAUCGGCUUCUUAUGCGCCAGUGUGUUUGCCAAGGCUUACCCAAAGUCCAGUUUGACGAAAGACAAGGGUUCCAUUCUGGUCUGUUGCGGUCCUGGCAGAAAUGGAGCUGAAGGACUUGUAUGUGCUAGACAUCUUAAGUUGUUUGGCUACAGACCGACAGUUUUCUACCCGAAACCUGCCUCUGAGGAGAUCAACCUCUCCCUGACAGACCAGUGCGAACGUCACGGCAUCCCAUUCCUCUUCUACCUACCCUCUGAGCCACAGCUCAUCGCCGAUUCUUACAACGUCAUUGUUGAUGCCAUCUUUGGAUUCAACUUUGAAGGUCGGCCUCCAAGCUCCGAGUUCAACCACAUCAUCAAGACUCUCGGCAGGAGCAAACUUCCCAUCGUCAGCAUCAACUUGCCAUCCGGUUACAACAACAUGACGUCAUCUGACUCGGAACCCAACGAAACGUUCAUCAAGCCAGAGACCCUGAUCUCAAUGUUGGUGCCGCUAGAAUGCGCACGUCACUACAACUUCAAGAACCACUUUCUGGUCGGUCAUCUCCUCCUUCCUCUGGACCUGGUCUCAAAAUAUUUCCUCUACCUUCCCUCCUUCAAAGAUUCAACUUGGUCCUACUUCGACAUGCUCUACCAGGCGUCGAUCAGCAGCACCAGUGGUUGCGGCAGCAGCGGCAGUAGCAACAGAUCUCAUUCGGUCAGUGCGAGCAGUUUUGGUCAGAUAUCCUCUCUGGUGUCCAACACGAAUGCAUCCGACCUCGAAUGCAUCUGA